GCUUCCUGCUUCCUGGAGCAUGUUGUAGUACAGAAGACUCCUAUGUGGAAUCAGAUCCUCAAUCAUAAUGUUAAGCCAGGAGGAAGCGGAGGCUCAGAUCUCGGAGCUCGACCUUCUCUCCAGCAUGUUCCCCGGGGAAGAAGAGUUUGCGGUCACUGAUCAGUUGGCGUUGGCGGAGCUGAGAGAAUUUGCAGAAAAGCAAACAGCGGUCACUCCAACCUUUACAAUUCAGUUCACAUUGACUGUGAGACUCGGUGAUGGCAACGCAGACAACAUCCAGGAUGUACUUUCCUUACAUUGUUCAUACCCGCCUCACUACCCAAAUGUCCCACCGGAAAUUGUAGUCAGAUCGCCAGCCCUGAUGCGUUCACAGCAGACUCGGCUUCAUACAGAUCUGAACACGUAUCUAAAAAACAAUUGCAUAGGAGAUGUUUGUAUUUUAAGUGCUGUGGAAUGGGUUAAAGAGAAUUAUUCUACCUACCUGAACAUGGUGUCCCCCAGUGAUCAUCAGAAAGGAACUGGGAUGACUCCUGAAGACAGCAUUUUCACAAGGUUAUGGAUCUACAGUCAUCACAUAUACAACAAACAGAAGAGAAAAUAUAUCAUGGAAUGGUCAGAGGAGUUGGGGCUCUCAGGGUUUAGUAUGCCAGGGAAACCCGGCGUUGUGUGCGUGGAGGGGGCACAGGAGUCUUGUGAAGAGUUUUGGUCCAGAAUAAGAAAACUGACUUGGAAGCGGAUAUUAAUCCGACACAGAGAAGAUGUCCCUUUGUCUUGUUCCCCUUCAGAGGUCCAGAUAAACAUCCAGAAGCUCCGAAAAUUCCCCCCUCUGAAGGAGAUGGCGUUUGAUGCGCACGGAGCCCGGGGGAAUCACAUGGAUCUGGGUCAGCUCUAUCAAUUCCUCCAGGAAAGGGGAUGCUCGGAAGUCUUCCCCAUGUAUUUUGGGAUUGAGGGACGAUAGGAAACAACUAGAAUCAUAAUUAGACUUCUGGAUGUGAAGAAUAUUUCUUCACAACACUCUGGACACUUUUCUUACAGCAAUAAAUUUGUUCAUGAUUUUAAAAUGUU